AGUCCAGGAGCAGAGACCACCCCCUGUCACCAGACCAGAGAGAGAGCCCCUCCCCCGCCCCAAGAUGCCCGACGUGGAGAUGGCCGAGUUCGGGGAGGCCGCCCCCUACCUGCGGAAGUCGGAGAAGGAGCGUUUGGCCGCCCAGACCCGCCCCUUCGACCUGAAGAAGGACAUCUUCGUCCCCGACGAGCGGGAGGAGUUCGUUAAGGCCACCAUCGUCAGCCGCGAGGGGGGCAAGGUCACCGCCCAGACCGAGCACGGCAAGACGGUGACGGUGAAGGAGGACCAGAUCAUGCAGCAGAACCCCCCCAAGUUCGACAAGAUCGAGGACAUGGCCAUGUUGACCUUCCUCCACGAACCCGCCGUCCUCUACAACCUCAAGGAGCGUUACGCCUCCUGGAUGAUCUACGGGAAGUUCAUCCGGAUCCACUUUGGGGCCACCGGGAAGUUGGCGUCGGCCGAUAUCGAGACCUACACCCUCCCCGAAGUUUUGGGGCUCCCCAAUCCUCCCCCUCCCCCCCCCCCCCCCCCCCAACGUCCUCCAGAAGCGGACAAGUCGGCGUAUCUGAUGGGCUUGAACUCGGCCGAUCUCCUCAAGGGUUUGUGUCACCCCCGGGUGAAGGUGGGCAACGAGUACGUCACCAAAGGGCAGAACGUCCAGCAGGUGAUUUACGCCGUUGGGGCCUUGGCCAAAGCCGUCUACGAGAAGAUGUUCAACUGGAUGGUGACCAGGAUCAACAACUCGCUGGAGACCAAGCAGCCCCGGCAGUACUUCAUCGGCGUCCUGGACAUCGCCGGCUUCGAGAUCUUCGAU